AUGAAAUCAAGCCCUGACCUCACAAUGACCGGUAAAGACAAACCAUCGUUAAGAACUUUGCUUCGUGAGUUUGCACAGGAUACGUCUAGCCAUGGUAUCGGUCGCAUUGCUUCAGCGGAGUCAAUAUUUUGGCGUAUUUUCUGGAUACUGGUGACGCUAGCUGGGUUUUCAAUGGUCGUAUACCAAGGAAUAUUGCUGAUGGAAAACUACUUGAGUAAACCGGUCAAGUCAGAUAUUGACGUCACUUACUCAAGGGUAAGGAUUUAGGCAUAAUGAAAAUGGCUGUAUCACGGCUGUCUAGUUCAUUUUGUUUAUAACCAUAACUAUAACAAAAUUCUCAAAUCUGAUCGGCUAUCAACGGUCCUGAUUUCAGUACUAAUAGGGCAAUGUAAUAGGACAGUACGGGUCAUCAUGCGCGCGCACUCAAAUGGCUUUUUUUUCACUGCUAUCAAAAAAACUCUCGGAAUUUCUUGUUUGUUAAGUGAGUGAACAAAUCGGACUCUCGCUACGCGGCCGUCCGAUUUUGUUUGUCACUCGUAUGAUUACAGACCGAAUUGGAUUCCACUCUGUCCUGUUACCAUUAUUAAUACCAGUUACGUAUCCUUAUUCGCUAUGGAAACUUGAGAAAUUACGUGUUUUUGUCAAUCAAAGCAUGUCUCCCAAGCAUGGUCUAAAUCGUUACAAACAUCAAUUACAUGUAUAAUGAAGUUUUAAAACUGUUAGGGUAACAGUUUUCAAAAACCACAAUAGCAAUCCGUUUCAAUGUGUUUUCUGUGUCAUUUAUAACCAUCUUCUAACUUUUUGAGCAGUUGUUUUAACACUCUGAAAGGUUUGAACCCAGGGGUCAUUUUAUAAGUCGGUGAAGUAUGAUCGACCGGGUAGUCGAAUUCCUUAAGAGUGAUUUUCUGUAAAAUUCGAACUUCGGCCUGACACGGUACCUCAUCGAUUUGGCUGAUUUUUGGCAUGUAGUCUUAGAAUGGUGUCCUAAAUACUGAAUGCAUAUUCUAAGGUUCGAAUUCUCGUUGGUUUCAAAGAUACAGGAAUGACAGUUUUGACGAGGCCUCGAGCGGCCGCCAUGUUGGUGAACUGAAGGAGAUUUACAGUAAUUAAUUCUAGCCUUAUCAUUAAAAUAACUUAAUCGUGACUCAUACAGUUGCAAAGAACUAUCCUUCCUCCUUUCAUUUACCUACUCUUAUCUGAAAAUGGUUAAGCCUGAGCUACGAACGGCUAUAACUUCUCACAGCACUUUUUCGGUACUUAAACGGUACACAAAUUUGGUAGAAAUUGGAAGGCCAAUAUCACCCAUGCCACAUCGAUUUAGACUAAGCCAUUUUAACUAAACAUAGUUUGUUUAUAGCUAAGUUAGAUUGUUGAAUAAAAUAAUUGGGCAAAUGCAACGGAACAGAAAUAUGAUUGCAUGAAUGCGCAGUGGUUCAGCCACUUGGCCGCUAAAACUUCAAAACAAAAUUCGGUGAAUAUUUGAAAAGAAAAUUCUUUAAAAAUUGAUCGUGCCUCUUAAACCCUAUCUAUCGCUUAAAAAACCCUCCCUUGUAAUGUAAACAGAUGAUCUUUUGAUUCUGAUCUUGCGAAGAGCUUGAAAUAUGCGCUAAAAUGAAAAUUAUAAAUUUUGUUACACACGGUACUAGCUCAAGUUCGCUCUUCGAUUUCCCAGACCAAUCGGGAGCCGCUCGUGUACUGCACAGUUACAAUUUUCUCUGUAGUAUUUCGCUGUAUACAGCUACAAAUUACAUAUUUUCUUAGGCAAAGAUAACGCAAACGUUGUCAAUUUUAAUCAAAAGGCUAGAAAAACCAACCGUGCACUGUAGCUUUAUGCAAAUUGUAUGGUAUUCGAUAAUUACACGUGUAAACAGGAACCUACCUUUGCUAAUGUACACUGUUUGGCAGAUCUUUCCAGCGUAAGAUAUAAAACUAGUACAUGAAAUGAAAUUAAAGAACUCAUCAAGUCAAAUUACCUGAUCGUACCGUCAUUACUGAAUAAUAAGUCCGCAAAAUAUGACAUGGAAUGAUCGGUGGGAGACGAAGCUAUUUUUAGGAGGACAACGAACUGCACGCUGGAACGGAACUGAAAUGAACAACCUCAAUCAAGUUCAGUCUUCUUGACGCUAUUAAACGUUUCACCCGAAUUUGAACAGGAAGUUGUUUUCUAUUUUCUUUCUCAUUCUUGCAUGUAUUCUGCAGUUCGCCCACUAUUUUUUCGUAACUUUUAAUUUUCUAGCUAACCGGAACUGUUAAGAACUACCAACCCCCCUCCCCCUCUUUGAGUGAACUUUCAUUCGGUCUGAUUCACAAUAAUUUUCGAACGGUGACAAAGUGAUAUUUGAAAUGACAUUUUAUUUAGUAUUUUUAAAAGCUCCUUCUUUUUUUCCCGAUAGCCAGGAAUGUUUUGAACUUAAAGGCUCAAGUGGCGGUGUUUUUCACGACUCUGCUUGUAGACUGACCUCACCACCAGUACCACGAACAUAAAAUCUGAUCGGAGAGGGUCAUACAGUAACUGAUGGGUCUCUGAAAAGCGAAAUGCAGUCACUUGGAGCGAGUAGGCUAUAUAGAUGAUGAACUCAUUGUUUAUAACCCCAUAACCGUAUCCGAAAAGUCGAGCCAGCCCGGGUCGAGCGAACACAAUUUUGGGGCCACUGGCCACGCCUUUAUGUUUAGCGGGAAAUUGGUUGAUUAGUCAAAUCUCCUUAACUCCACGACUAUGCACCUUUCCAAAUAUAGCCCUUCUUAUCAUCAUAUAGUUAGGGCCUCCCGUAAGCAUUUGCAACUAUUUUGAUUUGUAGAAGACUGUUUAACAGUUUUCAUUACUUUAAUGUCUCGUAAACAACACGAGGUACAUUUUCUGAUCUCUCCCCCCCCCCCCCCACCCUUCCCCCAUCCAUAACAAAAAAUUUUCAGACCAACACUGAAUUGCAUGAAGGUAUGUACAAAAAUAUGACCAUCUCGAGGCAAGGUUCAUCACUGUAACUUACCUCAUAAAAGCCUUUUCGUUGUUUGCCAUCGACUGAUUCUGUUCUGAAUACUAAGGUCCCAUAAACAACGCCACGUUUAGAAAGAGCCCGCCCUUUUCAAUCCAAGAAAACCCAAGUAGCGAUUGCACCAACGGACAUAAGCCGUAAGAAAAGGACCGCGUCAAAUAGUUCAUGAAAUCACAAACGCCUCAUGACACCUUUAAUUCACUCUUUCUUCGAUAAACUAAUUUUUAAUUUUUUAAGCAUAAAUGACAUCAGAAUGCGCGAUUAUGAGCAUUGUAGCUUAUGAAAAGAAAAUUUUACACCUGAUGCACAUGAAAGCGUCUAAGAAGGGGACUAGGGGGAAUUAGGAACAUUGUGCUUACCGCUGGAAAAAUAUUUUUGUUCAGUAGGGAGCUGUUAGAUGGGGGGAAAGCUACAUAAAGUAGAUCGCAUCAGAAUACGGCAUAGGACUAGGCUCUCAAAAUCGAUAAGCUGAAUGCAAGACCAAUUAUUAUGUAAAACAGUGAAAAAUUCCUUGAGGGAAAAAAUUAUGGCUAGGGAAAAGACCCGAAGGUGGAAAGUUAGGAUGGUAGCUUCUUUUCAGGUAAUCGAUCAUUUACGUUAACUUCCGCUAUCCGACGGGUAUAUCGGAAAGACUGAAUGGAUGAGAGUAUAACACAUUCAAGAAGAAACAAAUUUGUGAUUUUUCACAACUCAAUAAAAUAACUAAAAUUGUGUACUACUCGGUUAUUCAAGAUUUUUGUUUUCAAUUUCAGAUUUUUACGAUGGGGCAUUAGCCCCCGUACUCACUAGACACUACUUUACAAUCAUCGUGUUAAAAUCAGUGAAAUACUCCAAAACAAUUUGGAUUCCUACCCUUAUACCUUUAUUAAAAAUUAAAGUUGGGAAGUUUGUUGUUUCCUAAAAGUAGUUUGAACAGCCGAACGACAUUUUUUUACACGGAGUCGGGAAGGCAAAGCUUCACUUAUCUGUUCUAAGGUAGAAAGUGUCAGCAAAACGUGAGAGUCGUCCUUGAGGAUGAAGUGUCUAACCUAAUUUUCUCACCGAUUGCAAGUGCCAUUUCAUCCACGCAUAACCUCACCUAGUUAACAGAAUUAGCAAAUGUAGUGGGGAAACGUUGCGAGAGAACUGAGUAAGAUGUUAGGGUAAGUUUUGGAAAUUUUCCGCACACCUGGAAAGUCCUGGCUACGCUCCUGAUAGAGACUUUUGCUGGAGAGAAAUUGAAACAUGUUCGCUAAUAUAGUGACGACCAGAAAGGACAAGCCAUAGGAUAGUUCCAGAAAACCACCCAUUAAAAUAGAUCACGAAGUUGUCGCGGCGGAGGAUGAACUUGAAGGCAUCUGAUGAAUUGCAAUUUUUCAAGGGAGCCCAGACAAGAUUAUGUACGAUGGGCACAGCUUGUUUGAUCUGGAAAAUUUAGAGAAGCUCAAGGAAAAUCGCUAUACAACACAUGCUAGAGCUGAACUAAAAAUCUUUUGCGCCUUUGAACUCUGUCCCUAAGGGUAAAGGAGAAAGUUUCCUAUCAAUGCAUUAACCGAGUUGAUUAUGAAUGUCUCCUUAUGUUGGACGUCUUACUAACAAGCACAUUACCACUACUUGCCCUCAGAGGCGUUUUUCAUUUGACGAGCAGAGAAAAUUAGGUUUUGACUGUUUGAAAUUCUGGAUGCCAGAGUGAAGACGCCUUUUGUAUGAUGACGUCAUCGUCCUACAGUAAAAAGCGUUCGUUUUUUACCACUGAUAUUACGUCAAUCGGUACACUUAUGUUGCCUAAAGGUCCGUGAGCAUGGUAAAUGAUUUUACAUUAAACUGCAGACACAUCUUCAAUUACUCGUUAUUGUUCGCGAUAUCGGAUAAACACUCUGGUCGCUAACUGAAUUUUCUUUGCUGUUUACUUUAUUUUGAAUUAGGACUGUCUUGAGUUGUCCAUGCAUUGUCUAGCGAUUUUAAGCUUCUUCAAGGAAACAAAAAUCUGGAAUUGUCCCUAGGGUGAGGCAUUUGCGCACAGUUUUAAAGCCCUUCCGUGGGGUGACUGUGGUUUUUGCUGUCCCGGGCUCAUCCCUCAUUCUUCUUAACCCCUUCCAAACAAAUUUUUCUGUUUAUCAAGAAUCUCCUCAAAACGGGCUUCGUGAUUGUGACAAAAUACCUGAAAAUUGUACACGGAACCGUUGUUAACGGUGUACAAGGUAGAAUGAGUCUAUUCAUUACUUUGCCAACGCCCAAUUUUUAAAACCGGAAGUAAUGAUGUUUAUUUCAAGGGCUCAUGUCUCAUGAGUUUUGAGUAAAUCUUCAAACGCUGUAAACACAUGUAACUGGAACUAUCAUCGCAUCGAUCCUCGCUCACUAAUAAUGAUAACUUAUAUCAACUUCCAUUAUUUAUUGCCUGGCUAAGAUUUUCACGGAUUCUUCAGUUCAGUUGUUUGAAACCAGGCGGUUUCACGUGAGUUGUAACGCCAGGCAAGGAACGUGACGACCCGCGAUAUGCGUGGGAAAAUAUUACUUUUCUUCGAUCAAGGUGGAAACUGGCAACUUUGUCGUCGAGUAAGGUAGUACAUCUCAAUUUUCAUUACUCUGGUUAAUUUUAAAAGCUCUGGUUUCGGUAAAGGAACUGGAGGAAAAUCAGGAAAAUUCCAGUUCGACUGUGAUGGUUGAAUUUUGUUUACGCGUCAUAGCAUAAACAUGACAAAUUGAUUUUCCUUUUCCUUAUACAAUCUGCCUUUUUUUAUACUGUUUUUCGCAGCAGAGUUAUCGAUUAUAUUACAGAGGCUAAUUUUAUUACACAAAUCACUCAGAUUUAAUGACAAAAACUCUAUUAUCGAUUGUAAUUUUGGCAACACCUGGCGAGUAUUCGGUGUAGAUUAUUGACAAAGUCGCUAGAACAGUCUUCCAUUCAUUACUUUUGUUUCUGCUCCGUUAAAUUUGCCCAAUUUUUUUAUUAAUGAACUCGAUUUAACUACAAACAGUGAGUAUUCAGGCAGAUUGGUAAGCUUCAAUGCGAUGUGGCAAAAGAGAUAUACGCCUUUAAAAUUCUGUUAAUUUUGCGGGUGUAAAAAAUUCAAAAAGUAUACCCACCAAAAGUUUAAUCGAUCGUUGCGAAAACGUUAUCAAUUUCGAAGUAGUUUCUAAAAAUACAAUAAAGAGGGAUUGUUCUUUCAAUCUGUAUUGGCAAAGGAAGAUUAGCUUUGAAGACAGGGUUGUAGUCGAAGGCUCAAAAGCAGCUUCUAUUAACCAAUAUGGCGCCGGUCCGAGGCACCCAAAAACCGGCCAUGUCGAUAAUUUCCGAAGUAGGAGGAAUUAGAACCUAAAGUUACCUAUUCCUUAUUAAAGACCUCAAAUCAAGUCUACAUGCCAAUUUUUAGCCAAUUCGGUGAGAUAGUGUGGCAGCGCCUUUUUAAUAUAGCUCGAAUCUUACAGACAACUGCUCUUAAUAGGGCUGCUGUUGACAGUGACUGACGUUUAGACAACCUGUGCGGUAGUCAUCUUCAGAGUCAAAGUGAUUUGUAUGACGUCAGUUGAUGGUAUUAAAAUUUGGUGUUAGUUCCCUCUGUUUGAAUUUUGAUAAAGUUCGUGACACGGCUCCUUUAAGUAUUUUUGCAACGGUACGGUAUUAUUAACCGAAUCAUCGCAUCGGCCAAUUGGAGAGCAAGGAAUGAGCACACGCCUCCCCGUCAGUGUUGCCCAGGCUCAAAACCUGGCGUCUGUCGACGCAAUAUGUGGGUUGAGUUUGUUAUUGGUUCCUCCCUUUGCUCUCUUUUCUCCGCUUUCCCCUCUUAGUCUCAAAAACCAUGCAACAUUUCCAAAUUCUAAUUCGACCAGAAAUGGUAGACGAAGAGCCGCUAUGUGGAUGUGCUAUCUCUUAAUUGUUAUUUAGUUAUAGAGGGUUUUCACUCACGUGGCCAGCAUCUAUGCAAAUUUAUGGGAACAAAGGAAAUUUUUUACAUAAGAGUCCAACUCCCACAGGAAUUGUUAGAACACCAAUUUUUGGUUUUCACAUGACGUCACUAAAAUUCAAACUACGAAAUUAUCGAUCCUACCGAGAUUUUACUUUCACGAUGUAUAAGAGCAGCUGAAAACUAAUUUUCAUACCAAUUUUCGCUUCAAAAGGGUUCUUGGUUUUGUGAUAAAGUACGCUUGAAUUUCUAAGCUUUUGAGUGACGCGGCAUUUACAUGACGGCCAAGAGGGCUGUCAUGUAGGUUAAAAAAUGACUUAUUUCAGGGAAUUUUGCUAUCUAAACAGUUCAUGUAUCAGAAAAAGUAUUACUUUGAUGUUUAUGAGUUCCUCGAACAAUAAAUUCACGCUUUUGUAACAAAACUCGGUAACAGAUGUUUCUGUUGGUUUCCGUCCGCCAUGUUGGAGCUCAUCCGGAUGAGCAUCAGCAUGGCGUCUCCAUACAAAUCUCUAUAAAUUUAGGUAAACAUUUCUUCGGAUAUCUCGUAUACAAAAUAUUCCUCUGACCUGAAUCUUGGCGAGGGUCUUUGCAUAUUUUACCUCCUUUCGUUUCCCAGAUUCUGGACUUUAUCUAUUUAACGGUUUUGAUUUUUAUUUCGAUCUAUUUUGUAUGGCGUGACACUGAAAACCAGCAAUAUGGCUGCCGUUUCAUUGUUACCAACAAGGCCCCCGUGACGUCAGGUGAAAAUGCUCUAUUUAGAUUUUAUUCACUUGUGCGGCCGGUUUUAGUAUUUUCUAUUCUUACUUAUUAAUACCCACGAUCUUUUCGCCGAUAUAUGUUUCUUUUUUACAUUUUAUAGACCGUGAGUUUUCCUGCUGUGACAAUAUGCAACCUUAACAUCAUCAAGCGUUCCUUCCUACACAAUUUUCCUGAAGCUCAAACUAUAGUAGGAACAUUUGACAAUUAUAUGGAGGGCAAACAGGAUGGCGGGGAAGGAGGCGGAGGAGGAAACCAUCACGGGGGAUCAUCGUCAGGAUCUAACAGCUCCAGUUCCGGUGGUUCUAGUUCUGGGGGUUCAGUGUCGUUUGGCCCACCUGACCAAACGAAAGAAGCCUUGAUGGAAUCGUUAAAAAUCGAUUCCUCGGAUGCUGAGGAGGAUGGGAGUUUGAGCAAUGUUUCAGUUGACGCUCAAGCAUAUGCGGAAGACCAGAUCAUAUCAAUGUUGGCAAAAUAUAAUGAUUCAGUUUUGACCAAAGGUGGACAUCCUUUUCAUGAGCUUGUGUACCGCUGUAAUUGGAAAGACUUCAAUUGUAAAGAAGGGUAAGAUCGCUUCUAUAUGUGAUUCAACCUGCUGUUACGCCAGCUCCCUUGUAGCAACUGCAUAUUAAAAACAUUUCUCAAAUUACCAUCUUAGUACAACUAGUGGAAGAGGGGAGCGCUGCUUGUUGUUUUUGAUGUGCUCUACCAGAUCAAAGUAGAUGGUAUGACGUAUGGAACUCCUAAGUACAAUAAGCUUUAAUAUAGGCACUCUUACAGUUCUGGGAAGUCAUAUUGAUAGGCCAUAUGGUUACAAUCUUGGAUUUUCUGAAAUGUAAAAGUACUGAAAUUGAAGAUUUCAGUCCUGAACUUGUUUAAUAAAAUAUAAUUAGAUAUGUCCCUACUUUUUGGUAGCAUUUCAUAAGUUUUUUGUUGUUCAACAAAAACUGUAAACCCCACCUUUUCAUGGUUUGCCUUGUACGCAUAGUAACCUAUAAUAGCCCAUUCUCGGCAGACCUUGCCAUUAAAAUGGAUUUAUAAAUUUAAAGAGGAGCUUCUUAACAGGAGAAAAUUCAUCUUGAAACAAUCGUAAAAAAAGAUCUUGACGCUUUCGUCUUUCUGCGUCAUAGGUCAAGCGAUCUUUCUCUUUCCUCAUUCUCUAGAUGUGGCUUGCUAGCGCAAUGUUGGUAUCCCGGAUGCUUCUUACUAAUGCUUUUAUGAGAGCAUUUAAGAGUAUUUAAUGUCUGCAUGUCUGUCAUAUUCGACUCAUAAAUUAGAAAACGAUUGAUUAGAGUCUUGGUCAGUUGAAAUACUCUUUUUCUUCUCGAUGAGCAGAGUCCGUACCUCCCCUUGUAUUACACUCUGUCUCAGCCAGCAGGUAAAUAUUACCUUUCACUGACACGUAAUAUCAGCAUUCAGGGAUUGUAGACAGUAUUGACGCAUGACCCUCCUCUGUUCAUUUCAAAGUGACUUCAAGAAGUACUGGAAAACAGAAUGGAACUGGAGAUACGGAAAUUGCUUUACAUUUAACUCUGGAUCCUUAAAGGAUGGAAAAAAGAUACCUGUUCUGACCAGUAACAAACCCGGCCCCAAGUAUGGUAAGUAAAAUAAUGGUGAAAAUGUGAAGAGGAUCAAGGGUUUUUACUUUAUAAAACUCACCAGUACUUUAACUCCUCCAUACUUGAAACUGAUAACUCAGAAUAUCACCAGUGUAUAACAAAUAUUAAUUCUCGAUAACUGUUUGUUAUCGAUGACUAAAAUGAGUUGUCAGCUGUUGAAAUAGCGCGCAUUUAAUCACAAUUUUAAAUUAACUAGCAUGCUCAUAGAGUAGGUACCUGUGUUCAUUCUGAGAAAGUAAACGUCGCUACGCAGAAAACCAAUCUAAUUUUGUGUAAGUGGGAAAAAGGAACGGACAUCCCAUUUGGCUUUACAUUAUCUUUAGCUGUGCUACAUGACUGUUGAUAAGCUUAUUACAAGGUAAACCUGACUGUCGCUUUCAGCCCUUGUGAUAUUUUCUGACAGGGCUAACAUUGGAUUUAUUCAUAAACCAAGAGGAAUACAUCCCAAGUCUGAGUCAAGAGGCCGGUGUUCGUAUUUUACUCACUCCUCAACGCAACAUACCGUUUCCUGUUGAUGAAGGAUUCACAGUCUCUCCGGGCUUUGCAACGUCUAUUGGCUUGAGACAGGUUUGUUUUACUAUAAAGACGCACCAUGAUUCAAUUCUGCUGUUUCAAUCUUUGGUUUAUCUGAGAAGCUUUUUGGUUUUGAUUUAUAUUUUUAUCCUUCCACUUACAAUGCUUAAGAAUGAAAAGGUUUGAAAUCCAACAAAAACUCAGGGGCACCCAACGACCGUUUCCUCCAAAAUACGAUGAAAACACUUUUUAGGCUACCGAGAGUACUUUUAUAUCUCUAGAAAUGCACUCUAAGCGGCCCUACACAAUUUUUAUCUGUUGGGUCAUCCUAGGGGAACUUGAGUCUUUUCGAAAUUACAAGAGCUUCAGGAUUAUUUUUCCGAAAAUUUUAGGUGCAAUGUAACGUUUCACGAAAGUGAGAAUAUUUCUGAUUCCUCUCUCCAUCUUAUUUUAGAAUCCGAAAAUUUUACGUUUCCUUUUUCUAAGAAAAAUAAUAUGAUCUGGGUAGUGAAAUAUGAAAAAUCAAACUUCAGGAAAUCGUAGGGAAUUUGCUGUAGAUAAGCUUCGAAAAUUGUUCAUGAAUGGAACGUUCAUCUAGAAAUUUUUAGCCGUCUUCAAGCAAAAGAAAAUUCUAGGCAAUAUUUGCUUCUCCGAACAGAUAUUUCAUAGAAAACAGUCGUUGGGUGGCCCUGAAGACUUAAAUCAGUGGACAACCACUAUAAUACUGGUCUCGUGGAAUGCUUUACCCUUCCGCUAUUGCGCCUCUUCUUUUAAGACUUUAAAGACAGCCUUUGAAAACAGCCGAUAUUUCGCGACGCCACUGCUGGUUUCCCCGCCAAAUGACGUCUGAGAAACGAGUUCAGAAAUUCCAUACUGAUGACGCGUCACUACCCGGAUCUGAGCAGUGACGCGUCAUCAGUAUAGGAUUUUUUCAUUUCGACGGCUUUAGGUAGAAGCUAGAAAACUUAACUUGAAAAAGGCAGGCCUACUUCUAUCUCCUAUCUUUUGUCAAACAAAUCAGAUCCAUACAGGUAGUACUUUAAUUGCUUUUAAAGUUCAGCUUAGGCUGGUUUAAAUUCAGUGCUAUAUUAUCACAUCAUUAGCGAUACUAAAAAGAGUACAUGAUAUGCCCUGUACCUCCGAAACUACAUUUCAAUCAUCUAUUUACACCCAAAAACAAAACAAAAGAAAAACCAACAACAAAUGGUCUAAGUUAUCAGACCAUUAUAAAAACAAAAAUGAGAACAACUCAUCGUCGUGAAAAUGACUUAAGAAACGCGUUAGGAUUGAUUUGGCAGCUGACUGUGGGUACCUAUGAAAAAUUGUACCUGCCCUAAGCUACCGUGCCUAUACCUAGUAAUAGCAAAUACGUUAUUCGUAUAUCAGUGCCCAUGUACUGACACCGUUGCUGAAACCUUUUUACCUUACAGCUCCAAAUAACACGAGUAGAUCCUUUUAAUAAUGGAAGCUGUCACAGCAAUGACAGUUUAGAGGAUUUUUCGGUUUAUAAAGAAAAAACCAAGGGUUCAAAAUAUUCUGUUCAGGUUUGUCUUUUGUUUAGUAGUUCACUUCUCCGCAUUUUCAGGAUGCUUAAUCCCCGAGCAAACGAACACAACAUUGUUGGCCGACAACUCUCAACAUUACUGAAUGUUACAGAUCGUUACAUGUUGCGCCCGUCUGCUCAUCCUUUUGCAUGUUGUUGCGUGUUGUUGGGAGUUGUUGCGCAAAGUUUGAAACCGUUCAAACUUUCAGCUACGUACAAAAGGACCCAGCAACUCGCAACAUUGUUGCACUCUAAAUCAGAAAGAUCUGUUUUAGCCAUAAAAAUGGGGCCGUUUCGGUGAGUAAAAUACAGUCCAUUUUUGAGUCUAAUUUGGCUCCCUUAAAUCGGGGCCAAUACAGUCCAAUUAACUAGGGCUGAUUUGGUCCCAGGGGAUGAAAGGUGCCCUAGCGUGGGCUGGAAUAGCUUUUUGAUUGAGCUUUUUUGGCCUAAAUUGUGCUCAAAUGGCUCCAGGAAAGGCUGAAUUAGACUUUGGCCUGCAGAGCUGAAUCGACACUUUGGGGCUGAAACAGAUCUUUUUAAUUUUCAGUGUGGGCAACAAUUUUGAGAGUUGUUGCGUCCGUUUGUACGUAGCUCACGGGAGUUAGUGGAGGUUAUAUAUGCUCAAACUAUAGCGAAUAGCUUUUUGUACCGACAUGAAAAGCUAUCCGUUGUAGAAAUUACACCUAUCCGAUAUGUUAAAUUAGGUAUAACUUUAAGGAUAAAGGUUAGAGGUUUGUUUUUAGUGGACUGGGGCCCGUUUCUCGAAAGUCCCGAUAAUUAACUGGCCCGGUAAGCUGUCUCCGUUUACCUUAAAGAUCGAGGUUUCAAUAGUUUUGCAUGAUAUAGUAGUAUAGAUAGUUUUGCAUGAUAUCUACCAUGAUAAAACUGUCACUUAAUGAAACACAAUGGAGUAGUUUGCUAGCCAGGGCCCGCGCUCUUAUUCUUUAUAUUUCGAUUUGAAUAUUUGAUUUCGAGCCCGUAAAGUUACCGGGACUUUAGAGAAACGGGCCCCAGGGCGGCUUAUUCAGCCAGUUUACACAGGCACUCCACUCGAAUAAUCAGAAACAAAUACAUCAAACAGAACAUAGCAGGAUUAAAAACCCGGCAACUAGCAGGAGGCAACCAGUUGGUUAUUUACAAGCGUCCGACCGAGGAUUUGAACUCGAGGACAGCAGAGACUAAACAAAUUCAGCAAAUUCAGUGAGCGCAUGGGACUCGAACUCGGGACCACGGGAUUGCGAAUCCAACCUGCUGACCACUAGGUCACGCUGCCUCGUAUACAGCCGUUUCGAGAAAGGUUGUCGGAAAAAGUGCACGCGACAAUCCCGAAAGGUAUUGUGGGUGGUUUUAAGUUCACUGUUCUUCAAAGAAAUUUGAAAGAAUGACAGGAGAGAUCACUGAGUAUGUUUGCGAGUGCUAAAGGAAAGAAACAAAAGUAGGUUCGACAGCUACAGUGUCAGGAACCGUGUAUUGAACAUAUCCCACAUUACCUUUCGGGAUUGUGGCGUGCACAUGUUUUCCGACAACCUUUCUCGAAAUAACUGUAUAUGACUCUCCACUUGGGAGAUCGGCGCAGCACAGCUUCGCUCCGUUACAGAAAUCGUGCCGAAAUCACCCUUUUUAUAUCUGAACAGAAGCCCUAUCCGGUAUUGUUUUUGUGCCAGCGCCGAAGAUAGCCGCUAUAGUGUGAAAAAAGCCUUAAGUGGAGAGUCACAUGUCGGAUAGGUUUUCAUACCGUAUACCAGAUAGCUUUUCGAGUCGAACGAAAACCUAUUCGUUAUAGAAGGGACCUUGAGAUCCGAGGACAGCGACUGCAGCGAAAACGUCGCUGAAAAAGUGAAUUCGCGUUCUUUUCCAGUCUUCAUGAGGAUUACUCCAAGUCACUAACUUUGUCAUAUAUAGAUGAGCCUCCUAAAGUUGAAUUCCUAAGAACCAUAUCCAAAUUCAGAAAGAGAGAGGAAAUUUCAUCGUCGCUUGUAAAACGUGAAAUUAGACAUUUUCACGUCGUAGUCAUACAGCGACUGCAAAGAAAUAUACAGAAAAGCGUGAUGCACUUGCAAAAUUGUUGUUUUUUUGCUAAAUUUUCCUGGAGUUGAGUUCCAAGGGACUGUAUCUAAGUUUAAAAAAAGCAAAAAAGAAAAUUAGUUGUCUUUUGUUUAAGACCUCACAAAAUUGACAUGAAAUUGCGCGGUUUCACAUCGUGGUCGUGUAAUUGUACAAAAAUAGCAAAUAGAUGCACGUUCAAAGUUGUCGUUUUGCUAAUCUCCACCUAUUACUUUUUUGCCGGUCUCGUUGUUAAGUCGUUGUUGUCGUCGCUUAAGAGUUGAAAUAGAGCUCUUUUUUUGUCCGCCACCUAAAUUUAAUCAUCGUUCACGCAACCCUGAAGCCUAACAAUGUAAACUGAUCUCGGUAAAUGCCUUGAGUGGUUUGUUUUUUUUUUUUUCUUCAGGGUUGUAUGUACUCUUGCCUCGCCCGUGCACAGAUGGAGCUUUGUAAUUGCACGGAGGGAAAAUUUCGGUUAGGAAAUGGUAUAUGUUCAGAAACAGAGCAAGGUAUGGCAAAGCAUUGUUCAUGAAUGUUUCUCAACUGAGCCUUAAUUAAAAUUCCUUGCUAAUAAAAGGAUAAAUGGUUUUUCUGCACUUUCUUUUUGAGUUAGAGAAUUUCCCUAAAGUAUUCUGUCGCAGAGAUGAACUGGUAGAACACCCUUUUAGAAGAUUUUGACUGAGUCAUCGCUCACAUGUGGUACCCUCCCCAUGGAGAUAGACAGGUCUUAACAUUGCAACUGACGGAUACAUCUACGUUAUAAUGCAAUUGUUAUUAAUCUUUUUCUAAUUUCCAGUGAAAUGUGUUCAGGAAGUCUCAAACAAGUAUGAAAAUGACGAUCUCGACUGUGCGGAAAAAUGCCCUCAGUCUUGCACGUACGUAUUAUUUAGUUAGUUAGUUAGUUAGUUAGUUAGUUACUUAGUUAGUAGUAGUAGUAAUAGUAGUAGUAGUAGUAGUAGUAGUAGUAGUAGUAGUAGUAGUAGUAGUAGUAGUAGUAGUAGUAGUAGUAGUAGUAGUAGUAGUAGUAGUGGUAGUGGUGGUGGUGGUGGUGGUGGUGGUGGUAGUGGUAGUGGUAGUGGUAGUGGUAGUGGUAGUGGUAGUGGUAGUGGUAGUGGUAGUGGUAGUGGUAGUGGUAGUGGCAGUGGCAGUGGCAGUGGUAGUGGCAGUGGUAGUGGUAGUGGCAGUGGCAGUGGUAGUGUAGUGGUGGUAGACUAGUAGUAGUAGCAGUAGCAGUAGCAGUAGCAACAGCAGUGUCAGUUGUGUUCAGUGCCAUUGUGGUAACUGUGUAGUUUGAUGAAUUGCCAGUACCACCACUUGAGUAGUUAUGGUUGUAUUUUUUGGGACUUACUUUCACCACUUGUUCUGUACAGACACAUGAGCUACAGGGCUUCCAUGUCAAGUUCCGCUUGGUCCCAAUUCUAUGAGGUUAGUACAUCCGUUUCUCUUAUUGUAGAAGAAGCCAAAAAUUCACCAUCAUGAGAUAGACCAUACUCUAAUACAGAAAAGGAUAUUCUUAAACUCAACCUCGUCCCCAGGGCUUUUUUUAGGUUUCAUGUGUCAUACACGCGUGAGCUGUUUCCGGCCGAAUUAAACGCACCAGCUCCCCGGACGGUGUCGGUUUGCGAUAGGGCAAAAGUGACGACCCUCCCCCCGCGAGAGUGACGUUUUGUCCAUCUGACGCCGUCGCUAAGCUCCAAGAUUUGAAUCUCGUAGGAUAACAGUUAAGAUUGCGCAUCAUGGCGAAGCGAAGCUGGCCAGAAUCGAUGCGAAAUGCAACGAUCCUCGAGCUCAUGCAGCCGAAUUUAGAACCUGGCCCUCAUCGAACGGGUAGGUGUACACUCUUCGGUCUGGCUGGUGGCAAUUUUAGGGAGAUCGGUCGCUUUGUUUGGAAUUUAUUGGCCUUCGAGCGGCGAGGGUCAAUUGGAAGGUCUCCAGCCUUCCCUUCUUUUAUAGUGUUCAGUGUUCAGUACUCGAUGGAAAGAAAGUCGACUAAACGGCGUUUAAACCAGCCGUAGGACACAGAGUGGCUAUGAACGAAAGGUAAUGGAGCUUUUUGAAUCAAUAUUUCGCGUGAUCAUGAUUUUUUUUCCCUUAGCGUUGUAGAUUCGAAUACAUGUGAUAAAAUUCGAUCAAUAAGGGCGCGAAUCACAUGUAAUAAUGCAAGAAAUAUCGAUUUUCGUUAUCUUAAAGGCUACUAGUACCGAUAGACAAACAAGAAGACUUCAUAUCUUUAAGACUUUUUGCAUUUAUUUGGCAUCAGAUAAUACACUAAUAAUUCUAGUAUAUUCCCACUAAAUGACCUCUGAAGCCCGAACCCACAAAUAGUGCGCUUGGGCUGCCUGUGGUGCCAGAAACUUUUCAUGCCCGGUUUCCGGUUUCGGUCAAGUCUCGCAGAGGUCAAUGAAUUUUUAAAAAUACAGGUCAUACAAGAUAAGUCUAAACCAACGCGUGACGCUAUGAUAUGGCUGAGAGUUAAGGUGAAUAGAACUAGGUUGUGUACGGCGGUCCACUUCGCAAGAAAUAAAAUAAAAUAUCAAAAGAGUCGAGAAAAGGGACUUUUCCAGUACAAACUUUAAGCAUGUACGAUAGCUUGUUUGUCAUUUAUAUCGCUCUAUAAAGGAAGUUUUACAAAUGUUACCGCUCGCUCUCCCCUUCAUAGAAAUCGGAGGAAAGCAAAAAAUUACCAUAGCCAGUAUCUGUGACAAAAAAGAAAUCUUGUAAAACUUUUCGUUAAUCGUCAAGAGAUAUAAAAGGCCGCCCAAGAUCGCGCGCUGUGAGGUUACGCAUAAUUUUAGCUUUUCACAAAGCGCUAAUUCAUUACACCCAGGAUUUUAGGGUGUACGAGGGGACACGUGACCAGCCGAUGCCAGGGCCUUUUCCCGCCCCACCCAUUUUUUAAGGGAAAAGCCCUGGGGACGAGGUUGUCUUAAACUUUUUCUUAUUGAAUCUGAAUCUAAACUUAAAGCCUGCAAAGGGCAAUACUUAUGUUAGCAGCAGUUGAUGUAAACCAUCGUGCUCUACCAGUUAUGUCAUGUUUACACAUUAAAUGAGAUUAUAACUCCAGAGAUGAUGCUAUGUACCAGUGGACAUAAGAUCAGAUUAUGAUUCCAGAGAUGAUUCUAUGUGACACAGCAAAUCAUAUCUGUUCUCUGAUUAAGAGAUGAUUUUAUUUGCUUAGUUAGCAGCAUAGUACAUGACUCGUUAAGAUCUCGCUCAAGGGUGCUAUUUCAUCAUCACAGGAAUCAUGGUAUAUGACUUAAUUAAUAGAUCAAAUUCCUGUGCAAGUUAUGGAGUCGAAGCGCGCACCUUAAAUAUGCUAACCUGACCUAUACGAAUGAUAGUAUCUAGAGUCAGAAGCAACAAAGGUUAUUCUUAGUUGCGUGUCAAAAUUUGCUUUAAAACAAAAUUUUCCAGAGAAUUUUUAUUAAUUUUAAUUUAAAAUGGUAAAAAUAGUUUCCUCAUUGAAUGUGACCUUAAUGUUCAUUUGUUCAUCGUUUGCUCGUGUACUUUGAAGAAACAAAUACAAGCCAUGAUGCUUAGGGGAGGAGAUGCUGAUAUCAUGAAAAUGGGCAAAGACAAAGACAUGUUGAGGUAGGUGAACAAGACUUAGGGCCUGUUUACGUGGAGGGAGGAAGAUCCUAGUACGUGGAACAUCCUAGCGCCAUAUGUUUUCUGUAUCCGGUUUACAUGUAAAUAGCUGAGAGGUAGGAAGAACCUAGCACCAUGCAAACUGCCUUCGCUAGGAAGAUCCAAGUACUUGGGACAAACCAGACGAGGAUGGCGGCGGGCCGUUUAGAUGCUAAUCACGGCAAUAAAAGACUGGCCAUUUCGUUUGGCGUUACUAAGAACUGAUUAUUGUAAUAAUUCUACCAAGAGUUAGUUAUUAACUUCAGUAACGAGAGCAGAAGGGCCCAAAUUGUAUUUUUCUCACUCUCGCCCGCCAAUCUACCGCCAUCUUUAAUUUCUUCUCCACUUGGGCACAACGCGGACAGAGAUUUCUGCAUGUAAACCCAACGAAAAGCUGUUCUGCCUUGUAGGAUCUUCCUCCUUCCAUGUAAACUAUUUCACUGAUUCUUGUCUUGAUCUUGAAAAUCUUUUUUAUGCCAGCUAUCUCGGUUACGAUUAUCUUCAACAGAAGAUACAAAAUUGGCGACAAAAUACCAAAAAAUCGCUGGUAAAAACAGCAAUUAUUAUUUGAAAAAUAUUUAGGUCUAUAGGCCUAGCCGUUUGAUAAGCUCGUAGUUCCUGUUUUACCAAGCCUGAAAACACUCGGCUGUACCAGUUCUCCAAAUUUAUCGUGGUUGCGAAAAGUCACGUGAGGCUAGCUUCGCUCGCCAAAAUUGGACAGCGUGCUCGCGGGCAAUUUGGCGAGAAAGCGAAAUGACGUAAGAUCAAUGAAGUGAUUGGGAGAAGAUAAUCAUGUUGGGACAAAUAUGCCCAAUAUUUAAAGGUAAAUUAGGAUUAUAACUUUGUGAAAUUAACCAAUUCUUUCAGGCAAAACUUCCUGCGAAUAAAAAUAUAUUUUGAUGAAUUGAACAUGGAGAAAAUUACCUACUCAGAAUAUUACAUGGUAAGUAUGGAUACAGUAACUGUUGUGCUAUGAAUAACCAAGCCAAUAUCAAUAAAAAAUGUCUUCACGAAGACUUUUAGUCAACCUGAAAUAAGUCUUAUAUGUGUCCCUUAACGUAUACCAAACCACUCAACCACCGCUUAAGAGAUUUUUUUUAUGAUGUAUCUCAAGGUAUUCACACUAGACGUAACAACAACAACUUUAUUUUUUGUACAAAAAUACAAAAGUUGAAUAGUUUGCCCCGCAAAUAGCUGGAAAGCUAGUCGUGGCGUGGCAAGACAAGUACAUCAAUAACACAAUCAUCUAGUUAAAACAAAAACCUUAAACUAUUAGAAAGCCUUGCAGAUUGCAAUUAAAAAUAAAUAAAACUCAGAAGUUAAGUGAUCUAAUUAACACAGCGCUUACUGACGUACAAGGAUAACGCAGAAGGCGUAAUAACCUUCGCUCGCAACGGUUUCGCCCAUUAUUACUUGAGCGGGAUCCAGUUACCUCCCCUAGGCCAGUCUUCAACAAUGAAAGCGACGCACACUGAAUAAUCUAAAUUGUCCAGGCUCGUUCCAAGUGGCUGCAUGCAAUUGUACAACUUUCCCCAUUUUUCAUUUUCCCGGAAAUUUCAAGGUCAAAUAAUCCAGUCUUCAAGUCAUAGGGACUAAUGGUGUUGUUUACACACCUUAAGUAUCCAGUAUGUAACUGUGUACGGAGUAGUCUGCAAUCAGGUGGUCCUUCUGCUUUUUUGUUUGCAGAUUGCAAUUGGAAAAGGAUGCCUGAUACAUUUACAGUCGACUCCCGAUAACUCGAACCUUCAAGGGAAAUCGAAAAAAGUUCGAGUUAUCGGGAGCUUGAAGAAAAAAGCCGGGAGUAAGGAAAAGAGCAGUUUUUACUGCACAGUGAAAAUUAAAAGAUACUUCUAGAUUAUAAAUCAGAAAAUAUCGUAACAAACACAACAAUGGGAAAUUCAAAAUUCAAUGUUUCGGACGCCAGUAGACUAUUUGUUUUUUCGACUUCUUAAGGUCUCAAAACAUGGUUCGAGUUAUCGAGGGUAAAAAUAUAUAGAAAUGAUCUGAGGGGGAAACAAAAACUACUUCGAGUUAGCGGGAGGUUCGAGUUAUCCAGGGUUCGAGAUACCGAGGGUAAAAUUACAGUUAAUGUAUGACGGAAAUCCAGGGGAAAUCGAUUUUGGUUCGAGUUAGCGCGAGAUUCGAGUAAGCGAGGGUCUAAGUUCGAGUUAUCGGGAGGCAACUGUACUCUAUGUAGUCGUACGCCCGUAGUCCAGAAUCUGAACUUUUGUCUGACUGAUCGAAAAGCAAAAGAGCCUUUUGAACUUCGCACCGAUUGGUUCCAAGCAACAUAUCUGACUUCCGGUGCAAUAAGAUAUAAGGUUUUGUCUCGACCUUGUACUCGGGCACCGGUACCAGCGCGAAUUCUAAAGUGGAUAAAAACUGUGUGUUCACACUAGUGCCCAGCUCCGUGCCCGGGCACCAAGUGUGAACGCAGCCAUAGAUGUCUGAACAUCUUUUCUCUCUUUCUCUAGGCCGAGAAUCUUUUGAGCGACAUUGGCGGUCAACUGGGUCUUUGGAUCGGCGUCUCCGCCAUAACGGUCAUAGAGAUGUUAAAGCUUGUACUAGAUAUCUCGAAAGUUAUAUUCCGAAAGGCUUGUUAUGUCAGUGGAAAUGAAGUACAAGACAUAAGCUUAAAGUAACUUAUACAAUAUUAUUUUAAGUGAAAUCCAAAUGGCUAAGGCGCGGUUACAGCGCUGGUCAGAAGAGCUUGAGAAACAGAUAUAACAUUCAUCAAUUCCUUACCAAAUAACUGAAUCGCUAUCCACAAUGCAAUGUUGAGAUGUUACAGUGCAGUUGGAUGAAUGCAGAAUGUUUCUUGAUAAGGCGUCACUUUUUUAGUUCAGUAGUAAACAACAGUAAACACCUCUUGGGUUUUGAGAAUUCAUAUGUUGGAAUCCUGUUUUUUAACCAUGCUCGUUACUGACCUGGCGAUUAUCGGCAACUUGGUAUCUUUCCCAAAAUUUCCAUUAUAUAUGAAAAAGGAAGAGGUGGUAGUUAAGGAGAUGAGAUGGUGGGGAAGGGUGAAGUUUCUCAAGAACGUCUGACCAAUAUUGUAGUUUUUGUUUUCAUUCUGUUGAAGACUAUCAGUACUCAGUAAUAACCGAACAUGUUCUUUAGACUAGCGUUCGAUCUUUAAGUUUUAUUCUGUAAGAUGGUAGCUAUAUGGUGUAUUGGUGACACAUAAGAGCCUUCUUUUUUUACUUGUUUUUAUCAAUUAAAUAUAUUUUAAGGUACCAGAGUAUUACGAGUCAGUAUUUGUUUUUGUUAUGGUGUGAGGUAUGUCUAUAAUUCUAACAUAUAAUCCUGAACGAAACUGCUAUAUAGUUCUAGAAUACCUAUCCACAUAUCACAUGAUAUCUUUCAUCAAGCACAAAUAAAACCGUACUGUAAUAAAGCAAAAAUAAGACAUAACCAACAUUUUUUAUUUUUAUCUCUUUUCCAGUUGUACGAGUAGGC